AUGAACGAGCUCCACGCGAAGUACGCGGAUAAGGGGCUUGUUAUCCUGGGCGCUCCCUGCAACCAGUUCGGACAUCAGGAGAACUGUAAGAACGAGGAGAUCCUUCUGUCCCUCAAGUAUGUCCGUCCGGGGAAUGGCUUCGAGCCUCAGUUCCAGCUGUUGGAGAAGCUGGAGGUGAACGGCAAAGACGCUCACCCUCUGUUCGUCUACCUGCGGGAGAAGCUUCCCACUCCCAGCGACGACCCCACCUCCCUCAUGGGGGACCCUCGCUGCAUCAUCUGGAGCCCCGUCUGCAGGAACGACAUCUCCUGGAACUUCGAGAAGUUCCUGAUCGGUCCAGACGGCGUCCCGUUCAAACGCUACGGCCGCCGCUUCCUGACCAGCGACAUAGAGGCCGACAUCAAGAAGCUUCUGAACCAGACCAGAUUGUAG